CCUCCUACUCAGUUCAGAGAAAACGAAACUGAUCUCAGAGUGCGUCUCUCUCUCUCUGUCUCUCUCUCUUUCUCUCUCUCUCAGUCUGCGAGUGCAGGAAAAUGGCAGAGGCCAGUAUUUCAGUAGAUCAGGACCAGUUCAGCUGUCCAGUCUGUCUGGAUCUGCUGAAGGAUCCAGUGGCUAUUCACUGUGGACACAGUUUCUGUAUGGUGUGUAUUAAUGGCUGCUGGGAUCAGGAGGAUCAGAGGGGGGUCUACAGCUGCCCCCAGUGCAGAGAGACCUUCACUCCGAGGCCUGUUCUACGCAGGAACAACAUGCUGGCUGAAGUGUUGGAGAAAGUGAAGAAGACAGAACUCCAAGCUGCUCCUCCUGCUCACUGUUACGCUGGACCUGGAGAUGUGGAGUGUGAUUUCUGCACUGGGAGAAAACUCAAAGCCGUCAAGUCCUGUUUGGUGUGUGUAGCGUCUCUCUGUGAAACUCAUCUUAAACCUCAUCUGGAAAUUCCAGCCUUGAUCAAACACAAGCUGGUCAAAGCCUCCACACGACUGCAGGAGAAGAUCUGCUCUCAACAUGAUGAAGUGGUCAAGAUCUACUGCCGUACUGACCAAAGCUGCAUCUGUUAUUUGUGUACAAUGCAUGAACACAAAGGCCACGAUACAGUUGCAGCUGCAGCAGAGAGAACCAAGAAACAGUCUGAGCUGAAGAAGAUUCAGAGGAAAUCCCAGCAGAGACUCCAGCAGAAAGAGAAGAAGCUGCAGGAGCUGAAACAGGCUGUGGUCACUCUUAAGCGCUCUGCACAGGCAGCAGUGGAGGACAGUGAGAGGAUCUUUACUCAGCUGAUCUGCUCCAUUGAGAAAAAGCGCUCUGAGGUAACAGAGCUGAUCAGAACUCAGGAGAAGAACCAGCUGAGACAAACUGAAGAACUCCUGGAGAACCUGCAGCAGGAGAUUGAUGAUCUAAAGAGGAGAAACACUGAGCUGGAGCAGCUUUCAGUCACAGAGGAUCACAUCCACUUCCUCCAGAGUUUCCAGUCUCUGAGUGUCUCUUCUGGAUGUGAGGACUCCUCCAGCAUAACUGUCCAUCAACAUCCCUCAUUUGAUGGAGUGAGGAAAUCUCUCUCUGAUCUGAAAGAGAGACUAGAGGAAUUCUGCAAGGAGGAGUUCAGUAAAAUCUCUCCACAUGCUGCAGCACUUCAGACCAUCUUAUCCUCAGAGCCAAAAACCAGAGAAGAUUUUCUACAGUAUUUCUGUCGACUGACUCUGGAUCCCAACACUGUAAAUCAUAGACUCAGACUGUCUGAGCAGAACAGAGUGGUGAAGUACAGAAGAGGAGUGCAGUGUUACUCUGACCAUCCAGAGAGAUUUGAUUCAGAGUUUCAGGUGUUGUGUAAGGAGAGUGUGAGUGGACGCUGUUACUGGGAGGUCGAAAGGAGAGGUUGGGUGUUCAUAUCAGUGUCAUAUAAAGGGAUCAGCAGGAAAGGAGACAGUAAUGAAUGCAGGUUUGGAUUCAACAAUCAGUCCUGGAGUCUGUUGUGUUCUCCUCUCACUUUCUGGCACAACAACAUUAAGACUGAGCUCUCAGGUCCAUCAUCCUCCAGAAUAGGAGUGUAUGUGGAUCACAGUGCAGGAACUCUGUCCUUCUACAGCAUCUCUGACACAAUGACCCUCCUACACACAGUCCACACCACAUUCACUCAGCCGCUCUACACUGGGUUUGGAGUCGGUGUUGAUCUGUUUGUUGGUGGAACUGUGAGGUUGUGUGAUCUGAAAUGAGUGUCUGUUGUAUAUGAUGGAUACUUUUCAGGUAGAUUCAUAAACGAUUUACAUCAAACCAAUGAAAUGAUGAAAAUACUUUUCUAGUUGUGAUGUAAACAUGCUGCAAAGGACAGAGUUGUCCUGUAUUUUGGUGUAAAUUACUGAUCACCUGUGAAAAUGUAAUCUGUAUCUUAAUCCAAAGAAUUAUUAAUCUAAACUAAUCAAAUCUGAUUAAUCUCUUCCUUUUGGACUGUUUGUCUUCUAAACCACAUGUUGUGUUCAGAGGAAAUCAGCUUCAAUAAGAUGAAUCUCAUUGUGUUUGUUAAUAAACAGUGUGUUGUCUGUAUUAAGAGGACUUGUGUGUAUUUAGAGACGCCCUUUUUAUCAGGAUUGUCUUUUCCUGUAAGAUUCUCCACAAGGGGGAGCUAUUAGCACUCAAGUAAGUUUUAGCGGUAAGAAACUAAUGGCUGUAUACAGUCAUAUAAAGGGCUGGUUUGGGCUGUAGAGGUUGCUGAUGACGUCACUAUAAACACACUGACGACACUUGAUCACCAUAUUAGUAAACACUGUACUGUAAAACGAAUGAUCGUCUAUGGACGAAAUGUCAACAUCCCCA